AUAUCUUUGGCCUAUUGGCUGCACAUCCAUUAACUCCCUUGUUGUCCCUACAUCACCCAGAUCACACUGAUCCUAUCUUUCCUAACAUGACAACUACACAAUCUCUGCAACAUUUAUUUGAAGCGGUUAAUGUUGAUUCUGAGAGGAUCCUACAACAAACAGUUUGUUAUGAAAGGAGGCUUUCAUGGACAAUUUCAGUGUCAUGGGGCUAUGCUGUUCAAGUAUUCCAGCACAACAUGCUUUUGCCAGAUGUUCUGAGAGUGCAAAAAACAUUCAAGCAAUGGUUGAAAGGAAAUGUUUUGAGAGGAAUAUACACUUUCAAUACAAGAGAAUUUCACCCUGAUCCAUGUAAAAGACCCACUAUUUUCUAUCUAGAUGAAGUUUCUUCUGGCAAAGAUGGUAUCAUAAGCAGUUACAAGAAAUAUUUUCAAAAUUGCCAACACAAGGCAUCGAUGAACAAAUUGGAGGUGAUCAAAGUGGUUACAAAAAAGUUAUACCUUAACAAAAAGAUUCCAAGAAGGCACUGUUGUGAUGUGUUGCCCUCUAAUGCUGGUGACUUGAUGGAAAUAGCAAUCAGAGAAUGCAAAUAUGAAGAACUGAUUUACAUGAACUGACAGAAAAAGUAUAUUAAAUCUCUUUCAAUCCUUUAAAAACGUUUCUAGUUUAUAAAGAAGGCAAUAAUCGAUGGUGUAAGGGAAUGUCCAAUCUAGAAUGUGAACUUUCAUGUAUGCUAAUAGAGCAAUUUACUAAAGAUGUAAGAAGAUUAAUGAUUCACUUGAUUAAUUCAAACUUGGAAAAUAAAACGGAACAUAUAGGAUGGGAAAGUGCCUUUGGACGCAAUAACUUUUAUGAUAAGUUCACCCCUAUCUACAGAAUCAACAC